AUGCCGCCCUCGGUGCAGCCGCUCUCCAUCUCGCUCGACUUCUUCGACAUGGACGACAUGGGCGUCGAGCAGCACACGCCGCUGUCCUCCACGGCCUCGUCCUCGCCCUCCUGCUCCGAGCUGAGCAAGCCCAGCCCCGCCCGAAAGCUCAAGAAGCGCAGCAGCGGCGCCAAGGUGACCCCGACCAAGCGCCUCUCCAACGAGGAGAAGCAGGCCAAGAACCGCCUCUUCGUCAAGCGCUGCUACUACAAGAAGCGCGAGGCGCUCAAGAGCCUGCGCGAGGAGGUGGCGCAGCUCGAGGGCGAGUUCGCCGCCGUGCUGGCGCGCUGGCAGCAGCGCAACGAGCACUCCGCCGAGGCCUUUCGCGACGGCCAGCGCCGCAUCUCGCCGCAGGACCUGUACGCAGAGCUCACGGUCGUGCGCAGCUCGCUCGUGGAGGAGCAGCAGCGGCUGAACCUGCGGCUCGCCGACCGCCACCUCUUCCGUCAGCGGCUGCAGCAGCUCUACGAGCCCACGCGCUGA